AUGUUAGUCUCCUUGCGAAGAGUUGCGCUUGUUACGUACGCCGUUAUUAUUCUUAUUGUUAUUACAACAUACGAAGUUUUCUGGGAAAAGCGUGGUGCUUUCCCUACCAGCUUUCUAAAUGCUUUCAGUAACUCGACCUUCCACAGUGACUCUCCGGGUAUAAAAUCGCCUGUAUCCGUUGUACCGGCCACAGACUCUCCAUUACCUUCGACAACGGAUUUGACAACGGAGCAGAAGGCCUCACGAUUUGCCUACGCACAAUACGCUACUAAUUUAGACUAUCUAUGCAAUACCGUUAUCAACUUCAAUCGCCUGAAGGGGUACGGUAUCCAGCAUGACAUGGUCCUUAUCUAUCCGCAAACUUGGGAUGAUGAGAAAGCAAAAAGUCGAGAAGCCAAGGCUAUUCGAAGCCUUCGAUCCAGCCAUCCCGAUAUCGUUCUUCGUCCCUUUAAUGUCCUCUCUACAGAAAAGGGAGACUCGACUUGGCGCGAUAGCCUCACUAAAUUCCACGCCUUUGCUUUAACUGAUUAUACCAGAGUCCUGGCAUUUGAUUCAGACUCUCUCGUUCUCAACAAUAUGGACUCUCUCUUUCUUGCCCCUGAUUCGCCUGUCGCCUUACCGCGCGCGUAUUGGCUUACAGAAAGGCAUAACGGAACUGUAACGCAGAUCCUAGGAUCGCACCUCAUGCUAAUCGAGCCUAAUACUCACCUGUACGAGAAAAUUGUUGGCGAGGCUACGCGGAGUGGCGAGUUCGAUAUGGAAGUAAUGAAUGAGCUGUUCAAAGACUCUGCCAUGAUACUUCCCCAUCGACGCAUAGCUCUGCUAACAGGCGAGUUCCGAGCAAAAGAGCAUCGCAAAUACCUCGCCCCUGAUGAAGAUGAAGAAUGGAAUCCGAUUAAUGAACUAAAGAUGGCCUUUCUCGUGCACUUUAGUGACUGGCCCUUACCAAAGCCAUGGAAGUCCCACUCCGAGGCGCAAUGGGAGGCAGCGUUGCCUGAAUGUCUGGACAACGACAAAGGCAUGCCGGGUCUACCGCGAUGUGCCGACCGGGUGGUAUGGACCGGAGUAUAUUCAGACUACGACCGCGAUAAAGCAGCAUACUGUCAGAUUCUCGGCGUAUAA